AUGUGGCUGAUGGAGAAGAUUCGUAAUGCGGUACAGGAAAGCUCCUCCCGGGGCAGCAGCUCCAGGGACAAGAAACCCAAGGGCACAGUGUACAGAAACGUCCUGACACCAGACAAGAUCCCAGAUUUCUGCAUCCCACCCAAGCUGCCGACGGCUCCUCCCGAGCCGCUGGGUGCGGAGGCCAUGCCCAUGCACGACCUGGGCGCCUCGAGCUCGGCGUUCACCAUGACGGGCCACUGGCCCAAGCGCAGCCCCGAACUGCCACCCAAGGUGGGCAAUCCAGUCCAGGAGAACAGGACCUCGCUGGAGAUCGCCUCCAAGCACAUCGUCCGGAUCGAGCAGAGCAACGCAGGCCAGACCAGCCAAGAGUCUCGCAGCGACGCCCCACGCAAAAAUGCCGACCACACCAACGUCGACCCCAUGGCACAGAAGGCCAUGUCCCUGCCCUACGUACCCAAGGCCCAGACCUCCUAUGGCUUUGCCACCCUGGCGGAGAGCCCCCACACGCGCCGGAAGGAGUCGCUCUUCCACAGCGAGCACAGCAACCUGUGCCGCUCCCGGCCCACCUCGCCGAACCCGCUGCAGAGGUCUUCCUCGAGGUGGGGCAAGUCUGCCGAGGAAGGCGCCCGCCUGAACCCCCCAGACAUCUGCAGCUCCCUCAUGAGCUCGCACCGCCACAUCGGCGGGGCGGACAGCGACACCUGCUCGUCCACCGAGUCCUCCCCGUUCGGGUCCCCGCUGAUCUCGCGCUCGAUGUCCCUGCUCAAGAUGUUCGGCCAGGACAGCCAGUCCAAGGUGGUCAAGCUGAAGCAGUCCCUCAGCCGCAGCGCCUCCCGCUCCAAGGACAGCUUCACCAGCCCCCGAGCACAGCGCCGCCCGCGCAGGGGCGCCGCGGCGGUGGCCUCCGGGGUGCCGCAGCAGCUGCCGCUCAGCUCGGCCCUGCUGGAGGAGCGCCUGCACAAGGAGCAGGUGGUCAGCCUCAGCAAGGGGGGCAGCAUGCGCCUGGCCGCGGAGUACAGCCUCGCGAAGGCCUGCCUGCACGUGCGCAUCAUCGUGGCCGAAGACCUCUACGACAAGCACUACGACAUGCGCAGCAUCAACUGCUGCGUGACCCUCUACCUGAACCCGGGCAAGCAGCAGAAGCAGCGCAGCAGCUUCAUCAGGAACAGCCGCAACCCCAUCUUCAACGAAGACUUCUUCUUCGAGGGGCUGGGAGCCAGCAACCUGAAGAAGAUGACGCUGAAGGUCAAGGUGAUCAACAAGGGAGGCAACCUGAAGCGCGACACGCUGGUGGGCGAGCGCGAGCUGCCCCUGACCUCCCUGCUGCCCUUUAUCUAA